CAGCACGAGACAUGGCGUGCGUAAUACGCACAGAAGCGUAUCUUCUUCCACAGUUCUAUUCAUUCUCAAAUUUCCGAUCUCUCCAAGCUGACACCUCUUAGUCUCUCCAAUUCCUCCGAUUCUCGCAUUCAUCUCUAUUCUCCCCUCAGAGUUUGCUGGGACAGUUGAGACUUGAGAGCUUGUGGUUGUGGUUGGUCUGAAGAGUGUUAGUAAUCAUGUUCUUCGAUGGAUAUGGUUACCAUGGAACAUCAUUCGAACAAACAUAUCGGUGCUACCCUGCCUCUUUCAUUGACAAGCCUCAUAUAGAAAAUGGUGACAAAAUUAUAAUGCCUCCAUCUGCCCUUGAUCGCCUUGCUUCUCUUCACAUUGACUACCCAAUGUUGUUUGAGCUUAGUAAUGCUGCCACAGAGAGAGUUUCACAUUGUGGGGUUCUGGAGUUUAUUGCAGAGGAGGGCAUGAUAUAUAUGCCAUAUUGGAUGAUGGAAAAUUUGUUGUUACAAGAAGGAGACAUUGUACGAGUGAAGAAUGUUACUCUUCCCAAGGGUAAAUAUGUGAAACUGCAACCCCACACAAAAGAUUUUCUGGAUAUUUCGAACCCAAAGGCCAUCUUGGAGACAACACUCAGGAACUUUUCUUGCCUAACCACAGGAGAUAGCAUUAUGGUGGCUUAUAAUAACAAAAAGUAUUACAUUGAUAUAAUUGAGACGAAGCCGUCUAAUGCAAUAAGUAUUAUCGAGACUGACUGUGAAGUGGACUUUGCUCCUCCUCUUGAUUAUAAAGAACCUGAAAGACCUGUUUCUUCUCAAAAAAACAAGGCCCCCGCAGAAGGUCAAGAGGCUCAAGCUGAGGCCGAACCAAAAUUCAACCCUUUUACUGGUGCAGGAAGACGCUUGGAUGGGAAACCUUUGAAGUAUGAUCCUCCUCCUGUUUCCUCAUCAAGCUCCAAGGACUUUAGAGCUGAUGUGGCCAACAACACUGCGAAGUCUUCUGCUGGAUCAAGCUCCCAAAACACUAGUCAUCAAUCUCAAGGAAAACUUGUGUUUGGUUCCAAUGCAAAUGCAAAUCGCAAUCGGGAGACACCUAAGGAACCCACCAAAAAAGAGCCUGAGAAGAAAGAAGAGCCAAAGUUCCAAGCUUUCACCGGCAAAAAGUAUUCUCUGAGGGGUUGAUUGUCUCAUGUCCUUUUUAAGUUAUGACAUUUACCUUAAUCCCCUUCCUCAUCCUCUGAGCCAGAAGUAGUAACUGUGCUCAAAGACUUAAAAUCUUGCUUUAGAACAGUAUAUGCUGUUACACGUUGUGAAUGGUAUAGGACUUGUAUGUUCAUAUUCACGGUACAGCCUUUUACAAUUGUGGGAACUUACAUUUUAAUGCCUUGUCGAUUGACCAAAAUGAAUAAAUUAACAUUACACGAGAA